AUGUCGAAGACUUCGGAUAACAUCCUGAAGCAACUGAAGGUGCGACGCCAAAAACAGAAGGCCAUUUUGGGAAUGCGAUGGAAAUGUGCCCAGGGAGGAUUGGAGUUUGAGCAGCUGGAUACCUUCUAUAGAGCCAUCAGGCCAUAUCUUUGUGUGGCCCAGUUCUUUGGCAUUAUGCCUUUAUCAAAUAUCCUGAGUCGUGAUCCCCAGGAUGUGAAGUUCAAAGUGAGGAGCAUUGGUCUGGGGAUUACAGGGAUUUUUCUUCUACUUGGUGGAAUCAAGACCUUAAUCGGUGCAAAUGUUCUAUUUAAAGCAGGACUAAAUGCCAAAAAUAUGGUUGGCUUGGUUUUCCUUAUCGUGGGCAUUGUCAAUUGGCUAAAUUUCGUUGGUUUCGCUCGUUCCUGGUCGCACAUAAUGUUGCCGUGGAGCUCCUUGGAUAUCCUGAUGCUAUUUCCUCCCUAUAAACGUUGCAAGCGGAGCCUUCGCUGGAAGAUCAACGUAGUUGUACUCAUCGUGGGUUUUCUGGCAGUGGGGGAUCACAUGUUGUACUAUGCCUCUGGAUAUUGUAGUUACAGCAUGCACAUUGCGCAAUGUCAUAUGAACCUGUCACGGAUUACUUUUGAUUUUUAUUUGGAGAAAGAGUUCUCGGACAUAAUGUUUCUGCUGCCCUACAACAUAUUCUCUGUAUGCUAUGGAUUUUGGUUAAAUGGAGCAUUUACCUUCUUGUGGAACUUUAUGGACAUCUUCAUAGUGAUUACCAGUAUUGGAUUGGCUCAGAGGUUUCAGCAAUUUGCCGAUCGAGUUGGCGCUUUGGAGGGUCGUCAUGUUCCCGAUGCUCUGUGGUACGAUAUCCGCCGGGAUCACAUUCGCCUCUGUGAGUUGACCAGUUUGGUGGAUGCCAGUAUGUCGAAUAUAGUUUUCGUAUCCUGUGCAAAUAAUGUUUAUGUCAUCUGUAAUCAGGCUCUAGCUAUUUUUACCAAGCUGCGAUCUCCCAUAAACUACGUGUACUUCUGGUACUCGCUUAUCUUCCUGCUGGCCAGGACAAGCCUUGUUUUUAUGACCGCCUCGAAAAUACACGAUGCCUCUCUUCUGCCCCUGAGAUCCUUGUAUUUGGUGCCCAGUGGUCACUGGACUCAGGAAGUCCAGAGAUUCGCCGAUCAGCUGACCAGCGAGUUUGUUGGAUUAUCUGGUUAUCGUCUAUACUAUUUGACAAGGAAAAGUCUCUUUGGAAUGCUGGCCACCCUGGUCACUUAUGAACUCAUGCUGCUCCAAAUGGAUGCAAAAAGUCACAAAGGCCUACGAUGCGUUUAA